AUGUCUUUUGCUGGCGCAUUUCGGCCCAGUGGCGCUGCACUGAGCGGCCUGUUGUGGAAAAAUCCAUGGCGUCUUUCUUCCACACGCAAAACGCGUGUACGGCAACGUCUUCGUGAUGUCGACGGGGUGAUUGAAGCGGUGCGAGCAAGCGGUGUGGAAUGCAAAGCACUCGCGCGCGAUUUGCAGCUUCCCUCGGAAUCUGCCAUGGAGCCGCGCGACAAGUACACCGUAUUUAGCCCUCGCGGCGUCAACUUCCGCAAGAGUGUGCACAAAGUACCGAAAUGGACGCGCAAAACAUUGCGUGUGAAUCCGCGUGGAUUUUAA